UGGAUCGGCAGUGACUAUCCAGAGUUGUUCCCGGUCGACGCAGGACCAACCAAACUCCUCGUUGAGGACAGCGUGCACUAUUCCUUGACGGCCCCAGAGGCGUACGAGGAGUGGCUAUGGACGGCGCCACUCGUAGGCGACAAUCACGUCCGGCUCGGGCCAGAAAAGCGCAUGUUCGCAGUACCCAUGUGCCACCAGCUCCAUUGUCUGCGCAGCAUACGCUCUGCACUCGAGGACGGUUGGAACAGCUUGCCUCCUGUACAUCAGGGGCACAUUCAUCACUGCUUCAACUACCUGAGGCAAUGGACGCUGUGCUCGGCGGAUGUGACUCUCGAGCGGGGGGACUUCGUAGCGCGGAAUUGGACAACUGAAAGGACGGGCGGGUUCCAUACAUGCCUGGGUUGGAAACCGGUCUAUCGGGCGGUGGAGCAGAACUGGCUUGAGUGGGAGGAAUUUCGCAAUGAGCACGGUUUGUCAGAAGUGCAUGUUACAUAG